GGACGAUCCGAAGAACCCACCUCUCUCUCUCUCUCUCUCUCUCUCUCUCUCUCGGGCACACUAGGUAAAAUAUAAACACACAUAAGAAAAAGGAAAGUUGUGCUCUGUUUUAGCCCCUUUUUUUCUUGUUCUUUGUUUGACGAUCUGAGUUCUUGCUCUGGUCUCCGAUCAAUGGCCGCCCUUUAGACUUAAUCAGAACCCAAAUCAACUUUCUGGAGUGUCAGAGAGGUUUGAUCAUGGCAGUUGUUGAGAAUGCUGGGAUUAACGUUGUUGGGUCAUCCAAUCGGACUGACUCACACGUACCAAACGACAUCGAGCAGUCAAAAUCGAACAUCACGAACCCUUCGUCGAGGUCAAAUGAUCAGAAUUUCCACAUGAUUGUUAAUCAGCAACAGCAACAGAAAAUAACGCCACCACCAACGACCUUUCAGACAAACGGCACGACUAUCAACAGCAAGCCUCAUCAGAUGAGCUCAAUCCAACAGCAGCACAGCAUUAACGGCAAUGGUGUGGCAGAUCAUCAUCUUCAGAGUGUGAGGCGAGGUGUGGAUUUCAGGGGAAAUGGUAGAGGAAAUGAUGAUGAUGAUGGUGGGGAAGGGUUUAAGAGGGAGAUGAUGGAUUUGGAGGAAAUGCUGUCUAAAUUGAACCCUAUGGCCGAAGAAUUUGUGCCUACCUCGCUCGUGAACCACCAUAGCAUAGUGCCACAGCCUGGUGGUCAGUUUGGUUAUUUUACUAACAAUUUUGUCAUGCACACUGAAUCUGGAGUUGCCAAUGGAAAUUCCACCAGACGGAAGAAGAAUAACUAUAGUCAUGGGAAGCGAAGGAUGAAUAGUCGAACAAGUAUGGCACAGCAAGAAGAUGUAAUUAGGAGGACUGUGUAUGUUUCUGACAUUGAUCAUCAGGUUACUGAAGAACAACUUGCAGCACUUUUUAUCAGUUGUGGACAGGUUGUCGACUGUCGUGUAUGUGGUGAUCCUAAUUCUGUGCUCCGUUUUGCAUUCAUUGAGUUCACUGAUGAGGAAGGAGCAAGGAAUGCAUUGAGUCUGGCUGGGACCAUGCUUGGGUAUUAUCCUGUCCGGGUGCUGCCUUCGAAAACUGCAAUUGCACCUGUUAAUCCCACAUUUUUGCCACGGUCUGAAGAUGAAAGGGAGAUGUGUGCUAGAACUAUAUAUUGUGCAAACAUUGACAAGAAGGUUACUCAAGCAGAUGUCAAACUCUUUUUUGAAUCCUUUUGUGGAGAGGUUUACCGCUUGAGGUUGCUUGGGGACUACCAUCAUUCCACGCGUAUUGCUUUUGUUGAGUUUGUAAUGGCUGAGAGUGCAAUUGCAGCUCUGAACUGCAGUGGUGCUGUCUUGGGAUCGCUGCCGAUAAGGGUAAGCCCAUCAAAGACACCUGUUCGGCCUCGCUCUCCUCGCCCAUCCAUGCACUGAAUCUCUUUGCAUUUCUUCUGAACUGAUCUUCUGCAGAGGAAUAUAUCUAAAUGUAGCUUUGUAGAUAGAGAUACUUUCAAGGUGCUUUGUGCUACCUUUGUGGCAUUUAUUUUUAUGUCUUGUCCGUCGCUUCUCAGCCUGGUAUCUUACCUGUAGGGGUUUCUUUAUGAGUUGUUCAUUAGCAUGUCGAGUUGGACAGAAUUCGAGGCGUGAGUUGGUUUAAUUUAUGUUCCACAAUUAUGUUGGAUUUCAUAGGCACUGCCUCGGUGGUAAUACUGUUCAAAUGUUUCUAAAUGAAAAAUCUUGAAGACUCAUUUCAUGAGUUUCUAUUCCUUAUUUGUCAAUGCUCAAAUAUGUUGGAUUCUCAGCUGCUCUAUAGGUUUUCUAGAUGUUUGGAGCAUUUGAUGGCUGGCUCUUUGCUGUUUUCAUGCCCGUG